AUGACCAUCUCUGCUGCAUCGUCAGAUUCUUGCGCAUCGGAUAUUUCCCCUUCGCUCGAGGCUUCCCCUGCCCCGCAAGCCAACUGGAAAAAUGUUAACAAUUGGCAUUGGGUAGAGAAAAAUUGCUUCCCCUGGGCAGAGGAUUAUCUUCGGAGAGUAUUUCAGAACUUUAUCUCUUCAGAUUCAGAAGCCAUGGUCAAGAUCAAGAAACUGGACACCAUUGAUGGGGAUGUCAAUGUGAAUCAACGCAAGGGGAAACUAUUUUAUUUCUUUGAGCUUAAAAUAAGCGGCUUUUGGAAAGAUACGAACGAAAAUGCUAUUUUUCGAUCCAAGGUUUCCUCCAUUAUGAGAGUCCCCUUUUUCAAUAUUCUAAAGAGAUUCAGAGAGGACUUGGAAAAAUCUCAAGGACCUUCUGUGCUUGUGGGCGAUCAAGCGGUACAGCAACGGCAAUGUGACGCGGCCAACAAAGAUGUCGAGCUAACCUUCAAAUCCUGGUCAUCAAACGAACAGUCCCUCCCACAGUCUGAAGCGCCGUUUGUAACUGGAAGCAUCUCUCAAAAGGAAUAUUUUAUGACAGACCCUAAAACGCUCUUCGAUAUCCUUACACUCCCAUCAAGAAUCUCGAUCUGGACAUCUUCGCCACCUAUUACGUCAGAUUCUUCCAUUGCACUUGGGCAAACAUACCAUUUAUUUGACUCCAGCGUUACAUUUAGAUGCACUAGCUUGGAUGUUGAGCAGCUUUUUAUUGAGAUGGACUGGAGAUUCACCACAUGGCCAAAGGAUCACUUUUCCAAAGUGCAAAUUCGCCUUUCCGAAGAUGUAAAUGGACGUCGAGGAACUAUGCUCCAAAUGUCCCAAAAAAACAUUCCUGGCUCCGACAUUGAAGCCAUAAAAAAUAACUGGAACGAGUAUUACUGGAACGCAAUAAAAAAGUAUUUUGGCCUGUAA